AUGAGUGCCGCUAAUUUGAGCAAAGAAAGACGACUAUUUAACUUGGAGCCAGCCCAUAGCGUUGUUGUCGUUUCGAGACGUACAGUUACAGCUGAUGGCCGACCAGUGGCACAGCUCGAAAAUCUUCUAGACGCAGUGGACUUGGCUAUCGAUGCUGACGAUAUUCUAGAUGAUUUGCUGCUACAAUCAUUGGCAAGGCGCACUGAGAAGCCUGAUCCUUCGCAAUGGGCUAAAGCUUUCGCGUGCUGGUCGGAGACUGCAGCCGCAUGGACUCAAAGAGAAAACAACAAGUAA